GAGAGAGAAGAGAGAGAGAGACAGAGAGAGAGAGAGUGAGUGAGAGUGUCGUAAUCUGAAGCUGGAGGCAGCUUGUGUUUUUCGCUUUCCACCCACACACACAAAGCAGAAAACUGUCAGAGUGGGAAACCCAUGACUUCCGCGUUUUUCCUUCAACCCUGAAACUGAACGCAGACUCUUUAGACUAUAAAAGACUUCAUGGCUCUCACUGCACACAGUCUGAAGGAGACCAGGACUCUGUCGAGUCUCAACAGGAGGACUUUCACUGCACACAGUCUGAAGGAGACCAGGACUGUGCUGGGUCACAAUAGGAGGACUUUCACUGCACACAGUCUGAAGGAGAACAGGACUGUGCCGGGUCACAACAGGAGGACUUUCACUGCACACAGUCUGAAGGAGACCAGGACUGGGUCUAGUCUAGUGGAGGAGACCUCAGAACACCUGGCUCACCUGUACAUCCUCCACAGGUGUCCUUGACAGAGACUGGACACUGUGGAUCCUGGACACUGUGGACCCUCUGCCCGGCCCAGGCACCUUACUGCCAGUUAAUGGGACACCAGAACUCACACAUGGACGCAGAGUCUCUGCAGGAAAGUGGGCGCCGGCGUGGACGCUGCCUGGACGUGUUUCUCGUUGUUUCCAUCGUUUUCUUGUUCGUGGCUCUCACAGCUGUGGCUGCCGGUGGACUGAUAUGUUUGGCCAAGCUGCGGUCCAAUCUGGACUCAAGAAGGCCGCCUGUUCACCCUGACACAUCAGAGCAGACAGGAGACAGACCCAACCCAACAUACAAGAUGCAGAACUUUGCUUCUCUGGUCGCCACAUCAAGCCAGCUGAAGACCUGCACCAUGCCCUUGGCACUAGUCCACUAUGGAGCUGGAACAUCUGUGGGAAGUCAAUUCUCAUUCGAUGCAACACAGAGCUCGCUGAAGCCCCUGAAUCCGGGGACUUACUUCAUAUUCAUAAAUCUCAACCUUACCUGCAACCACCAUUGCAGCAAAGGUGUACUCAGCGUGAAGGUGGCCGAUAAACUCACCUGUGAGGUGAAGCUCCCGGACUUGAAAAACUCAACGCUGGUGAGCAAGAAGUGCUGGACAGUAACACAGAUAGAAGAUGAGAGACUGAACACUCAGAUGAGCGUACCAGAGAGUGGACUGAAAAACUGGCAACUGGAGCUGAAAGGUUCAGGAAUGGGGAUGUUCCUGGUAGACUCAUAAGGACUCUGAAAUCCAAUCUUGUACCCCCAAGAGUCAGAUCUCAACAGGUUCUGUCCUCUAAAAGUCUCAGGGGUCUGAAAUGUGCAGCUGCUCGAGCAGGAUUCAAAGCUAUGACGAGGACUCUGCAAACUAAAGGAGAACCCUAAAGACGAGGCUCUGCAGGAAAACGGAUAUUUAUUACGAAAAUAUUCCUCAGAUAUAAAUACUGAUAUAUAUUUAUUUACUUAUAUAUGUUUAUGCACAUAAAUAUAUGUAUGUAUAUGUAUAUGAAAAGAAAGAGCACUUUCCAAGCUGUGUGAAAUAUGUACAUACCUCCUACAGGUUAUAUUUAUGAAACUAUUUAUGUACCUUUAUUUAUUAUUUAUGAUGUUGCUAUGGAAACUAUGUUGAUGUAGCUGUCACUACAUUUGUGCAAACAUGAGGCUUAUGUGAUUCUUCAGCUCUGCUGUCAUUUUAUAAAUGGCCUGUUAGUGUUUGAUUUAUAUGAUUUAUGUGUAUAUCAGAGAACACGAACAGGAUGAUUAGAACCACAUUUGUAAAAUAUUUAGUUCAAUAAGAAUAAGUAAGUCUUGUGGACAAACUAAAACUGAAUGUUUGUGACUGUGGUCGUAUUAAAGAUGGAAACGAAGAGAAGUCAUGUUGUUGUGGUCGUAUUAAAGAUAGAAACGAUGAAGAGUCAUGUUGUUGUGGUCGUAUUAAAGAUAGAAACGAUGAAGAG